AUGGAAAGUUACAGAAGAAGGUUGGGGCUUAAGACUGCUAUUUGCAAUAUUUCUGGCAAAAUUUGGGCCUUUGUUGAUGAAGAAUAUGAAGUAACAUUCUUGAUGGACACUGUUCAGCAGCUUACACAGAAUUUAUUCAACGGGGAUAUAGAAGGGGAGAUGGUUGUCACCUUGGUCUAUGCUAAGUGUGAUAGAAUUGAAAGAAUUGAACUUUGGGAUUCCCUGUAUAACCUUGCUUCUGAUAUGACAAUUCCAUGGUUAGUUGGGGGUGACUUUAAUGUCAUCACUGAUGAAGAGGAGAAGUAUGGUGGCCUACCGGUGUCUCUGAAUGAAGUUGAAGAUUUCAGGCAUUGUAUUCAAACUUGUAAUCUUACUGAUUUGGGGUAUAAGGGAAGUGUCUUUACAUGGUGGAAUGGGAGAGGAGCAGAUGACUGUGUAUUCAAAAGGUUGGAUAGGUGCUUGGGUAAUUUUGAGUUUCAGCAGUUGUUUCUAGGAUUGGAAAUCACUCAUUUGAUCAAGCUUGGCUCAGAUCAUUCUCCUUUGUUGCUAGAAUGCAAGCAACAUGUCCAACAGUUUAAGAAAUCUUUCAAAUUUUUAAACUUUUGGACCAAGCAUGUUACUUUUCUUGAUGUUGUAAAGGAAAACUGGACAACAGAUGUGAUUGCUAAUUCCUUUAUGACAUUCAAUGUGAAUUUGAAAACAUUGAAGAAAGUUUUAUCAAUUUGGAGUAAAGCUACUUAUGGUGAUAUAUUUCAGCAGAUAACCAAUUUGGAAGAAGUUAUUAAGGCUCAUGAAGCAUUGUUUGAAGCUGAUCCUUCCUUUGCCAAUAGGGAAAAGCUUAUGAAGGUGCAGACUGAACUUACAAGGGUACUGCAUUUGGAAGAAGAGUUCUGGAAACAGAAAGCAGGCAUGAGCUGGUUUCAAGAUGGUGAUAAGAACUCAAAAUUUUUCCAUGCACAUGUAAAUGGCAGAAGGAAGAUGUUGCAGCUAAAGAGAAUUCAAAAUAGUGUUGGUCAAUGGAUUGAUAAUGAGCAGGAUAUGGCAGAUGAGGCAAUUAGAUAUUUUCAGGCACAAUUUCAUGAAACAGUGGUUCCUACACGGUUUGAUAUCCUGAAACAUGUUCCAUCCAUGAUUAGUAACGAGCAGAAUGAAGAACUCGUGGCAGUUCCUACGAAAGAAGAGGUGAAACAGGCUGUUUUGGUUUAA